CUCGAGGGUUCGUAAUGAACCUGUCCGCCGUUAUCCGUCCGUGCGAUAUAUAAGCCGCGAGGCGCGAGUCGACACUCAUUCGUUUUCAGUUUGAUAGCAUUCUGUAAACAUGCCACCCAAAGUCGGAUCUAAAGGAGCUAAGAAAGCAGCCACCAAGGCUAAGGCCCAGAGAACUGGGGACAAGAAAAAGCGCAGGAAGAGGAGGGAAUCCUACGCCAUUUACAUCUACAAGGUGCUGAAACAGGUCCACCCAGACACUGGUGUUUCCAGCAAGGCCAUGAGCAUCAUGAAUUCUUUCGUCAAUGACAUCUUUGAGAGAAUCGCUGCCGAGGCCUCCCGUCUCGCUCACUACAACAAGCGAUCAACCAUCACCAGCAGAGAGAUCCAGACCGCUGUCCGUCUCCUCUUGCCCGGUGAAUUGGCCAAACACGCCGUCUCUGAGGGAACCAAGGCUGUAACCAAGUACACCAGCAGCAAGUAAACUGCCUACUUGUAGAUCAGUAAAACAAAACGGCCCUUUUCAGGGCCACACAAAUUUUUCGAAAAGAUAUCUUCAUUACAGUCUUGAGAAACGAAUGUGUGUAUCUGGUGUUUGUAGGUUGUCUUUACCUUGUUCAGUGAUCUGUUAUAUGUGUCUAAGUAGUAUCUAGAAUUCACAUGUUUUCAUUAAGAAAAAUGAUUUGGCAAUCCGUGUAUGUCAGAAAGUAAAACACGCACACAUUUUUCAGAAAGAUGUACUGAAAAACCCUUCCAUUUAUAAAUAUUUACAGACAGUGAAUAAAUGAAAACAAGAAAUCAAGGGCCCCACAAAACAUGUUUUUAUAACAAGAUUGUAAGAUACAAAAACAAAUCUGUCCUAUGGCUAGUACACACAGUAAGUCUGGGAUCUUUAAUUUUAUAAAAGUAUUUAUUAAUUUAAAAUCAUAGAACUUAUGCAGCCUAGUAAUAUUCUGUAUGCACGGUUAUUAAAGUAGGCUGUUGCUCUGAAAGCAAUUUUCUGCAGUGUUUGAACCUCUCAUACCUCUAAUUGUUCCUAGUCGGGCUAAUUUAUGUGGUCUAUAUUCAUAUAAAUAUUGUUUAGUUCUCUAUGAUAGUACAGAUACUUUGCAUUUUUGCUGUUGUUCGAAUCUUGUAGAAACUGACAUUAUACUGAGUAUGACAAUUUAAACUGUUAAGCAUUUUUAUUCAUAUUAUAACGAUUUUUUAACUAACAUGACACUGUAAGUUAUAUGUAAAGGAAUCAUGUCAUUGGUUAGGAUUAAGGGUGACAUGAAUGAAACCUGAUUUUCUUUAAAAAUCUUAAUUAUACUAUGUACUACGUACAUACUGAAUACAUGUUUUGUUAAACAAAAAAAAAAAAAAAAGUCUUAUCUCAUAUACUGUAUGUACUCUUAGACAAUACAAGCAGGUGAACUUCAAAGGACAAACCUGAGAGCAUGAGAAAAGGUCUUAUUAAUGAAUGAAAUGUAAUUCAGGGAUUAAUAAAAUGCUCAAGAUAGAGAAAAAUAAAUGCAUUACAUUGUACACUGCAAAAUGUAAGAUGAUAAUAUGUAACUAUAUGUUAUGAAAUAAACCAAAUACGAAUCCUUGCGUUUCAUACUUUCACACAAAUAAACAUGCAGGGCCCUCUCGCUCAGCUUUAAUUUUGUUUUGUUGUUUUGCGUUUAUUUAUUUUUGCAUAUGAAUGAGGAGCAGGAAUCAUCAUAAAACAAUGUUUUGAGAAA